ACUGGAAGGCUGGCUGGCUGGCUAGCUAAUCAGUCGGUGUCAUUCAAAUGCACCAGCUAGUUCAAUAAGGUCGGAUCCUUGUCAGAUUGGCGAUGGCGUAUAUUUUAGUAAGGCGUUUCAGCAGGGUUUUCCAAUUAAAUGUCCAAAGACAAGAUAUUAUGUUUUCGGGAGUGAGACAUAAGUCUACAGUGCAUUAUGCUACACGCCCAGACCAGCCGAAACUGGCUUAUAGAAAAGUGAAGGGGAAGAGCCCAGGGGUAGUGUUCUUGCCGGGGUUUGCCUCAAACAUGGGUGGGAAGAAAGCAGAAGCCCUUGAGGAGUUCUGCCAGUCACUAGGCCACUCUUACCUACGGUUUGACUAUACAGGCUGUGGGUCUUCUGAAGGUGAAAUAGUAGAUGGCACUGUUGGCACUUGGAAGAGGGAUGUUCUAUAUGUAUUGGACGAGCUUGUGGAGGGGCCACAAAUUCUGGUUGGCUCCAGUAUGGGCGGCUGGCUGAUGUGCCUGGCAGCUAUAGCUCGUCCAGAAAGAACUGCGGCCAUGGUUGGCAUCUCUACAGCAGCUGACCACUUUGUAACGGUCUACAAUACACUUCCUAUUGAGGUGAGGAAGGAGAUUGAAGAGAAGGGGCAGUGGGUGGUUCCUACCAAACACAAUGAGGAGGGCUCCAUCACGUUCACCACAGAGUUCCUGAAGGAGGCAGAGCAGCACUGCGUUCUGCAGAGCCCCAUUCCAGUGACUUGCCCGGUGAGGCUCAUCCAUGGGAUGAAGGACCAGGAUGUGCCUUGGCACGUCUCCAUGCAGCUAGCUGAGCGUGUGCUUAGCAACGACGUUGACGUCAUCUUGCGCAAGCAUGGCCAGCACCGCAUGGCAGAAAAGGAGGACAUCAAGCUCAUAGUCUACACCAUCGAUGACCUCAUAGACAAGCUGACCACGUUGGUUUGAGUGGCCAAAUCAGGACAAUGCUGUGGGUGACUCCUACCACCCCGACCCCAACUUUUCCGCACUCAGGCCGUUCGGUUCCCAAUGCGUUACAGUAUCGAAGGUGCUAUUGUACCAAACACACACUGUGAAGAAAAUGAACUCUUGUGUUUUCUCCCGGCUCUCUCCAUGCCUUUUUAUUAGGAUUUGUAUUUACCAUUGCCAUGACACUUUGUUCCCACGACUACCAAACUUCUUGGGCCUGCUGUGAACAGUUUUGAUUUAUUCCCACAAUGUGGUCUGAUAUUCCGUUAAACCUUCAAUGAGUAGGGAUCACUCCUAUUACAGUAGCCCAUCAGGUACAGAUGCAUUAUGUCCAUUUGUGAGACAUUUAUUUUAUCCACUGUCAAUUUUAUUCAAACAAGUGUGAUGUGCCUUUGUUAUAUAUUUAUGCAUGUGCCCUUAAAGACCAAUAGGAGGCAGCAAAUAUCAGCACAGUAUUUUAGGCACUUCACUAUGUAUUUCUAUUAUUAUGAAACCCCAUUAGCUGCUGCAGCUACUCAUCCUGGUGUCCAGCUGGAACAAUCAGUUGAAAAAGGACUUUACUCAACUGUAAUGUUUGAUUCUAAUGCUGAUGUCCAUGCGUUGCCCAUUUCUUAUGCUGUCUGUAUUUGCUGUUUGGUUCCAUUGCUGACACAACAUAUCUAUGUUUGUAUUGCUUUGUCCAUGCCAUUUAAUUUUGCACACAAGGUCAGAACAGAAUAUUGACUGCAUGACAACUCAUGUAGAACUGAGCAUUGUGUUACAUUUUAAUAUAUUUUAACAUUUUAGUGUAGAAUAUAUAUUAUGGUGUGAUUUUAGUGCAGUCCAGAAUGAUAACUUUUUAAAAUGUAAUUUCAACUGUCACUCUGGGUAACUUUUCAAUGUUGGCCCAGUUCAUGUUGGUUUUGUUGCAAGUAUUGCCCAUUUCAAAAUGACAGAUUUCAAAUAAUGAUUGAACAGUAAGUAGCAUGAGAUGGCCUGGUAUGUUUGACUGGCCUAAGAAGCACAGGUAAUUAAGUGAAAAGCAUUGCCGUGUAGGCAGCUCAUGUUUUAGUAUAGUCAACUUUCUGAUUUAAUUGGAUAAAAUGCCAUGUGUGGCUACUGUCAUACAGUGAUGGUAAGCUGUCAUUAGUGUAAUGUGAUCCCAGAUACACUGCCUAGUACAUUGUCAGCUAAAAGUGGUUAGGACUUGAUGUCGUUGGUUUCCAACAUGCACUACAUGACCGAAAGUAUGUGGACACCUGGUUGUCGAACAUCUCAUUCAAAAAUCAUGGACAUUAAUUCAUGCUGAAACAGGAAG